GUGCGCAGACAGCUGAGAGAGAGAGAAGGGAGAGAGAAGGUGUUUUGUUUGAGAGUGUGAGGAGGGGCAAGAGGAGUGUUCGUCCAAACGUAAGGAGAGAGCGGACCCCUCUUGAGAGAUCUACUGACACCCCUUCCUCCGGCAUGGCAAACAUCACAUCUGCCCAAUGGCAGGCCAUGCUGGAUGCAGCAGAUGAGAACGAGAGACCGUUCUUCCAGAAGCUUUAUGAUGAUGUCGUGCAGAGGGAAAGGGAGGCAGAGGCAGCAGCUAGAGCCGCCAACAUUGCUGAUCAGGUGGCCCUCCUUCGGAUCCCGGAAGCCAAUGCUGACCGGUUCCAGGAGGGACUAGCUGCUGCCAUAGGAGCCUUGGUUCGAUUGCGGACUCUGGAGGACCUAGAGUCCCGUGUGAUAGCACUAGAGCAGCGAAAUCAAGAGUUGCAGGCUGAGAUACUCAGCCUCAAACAGUCCCAACUGUCUGCCCCUCGCCCUCCUAACCCUCGAUCUACUGCAGUCCCAAUCUCUCAAUCUAACACAGUCCUCAUGGCAAGAGCAAGUGGAACUGUGACGAGCGCAGGAACCGAUGUCAGCUCCUCGAGCGGCAGCACCGACAGUUUUGCACUAGUCAUAGUCCCAAAUGAAGGGACAUCAGCCCAAAACGCCACAGUCCUUGCUGGCGUUCAGUACAGCGGUCCCGUAGUGGACAAGCGGGCGGCCACCUUGUCGUCCAAGUACGACGGGAAAGCGGACAUCACCUCUUGGAUUAGUUCCAUGCGGUCAUACUUCGAGGUCAUGCGGACACCGCAAGAAGACCGAAGCAUGUUCAUGGGCACUAAUACUGAGCCCGCCGUACGGAAUCACAUUGAGCUCCAAGCUGUUGCUGCAGGUUAUGAAAAAAUUGACCUGACUGAGUGGCUGAAGCAGUUUGAUUGGGCAGGAAUGAAAGGCACGCUCAAAAAUUUAUUGUUGAAUGUCAGGUCGAUUUCCAUCGACUUCACGGACAUGGGAAAGGUGAGUGAGGCUGGAAACUCACAAGUUAUGGUCAUCGUGGACCGUUUUUCCAAAUUUCUGAACUUGAUUCCUUUCCCUCCCCAUGCCCCGACUGAACUUGUCAUUGAAGAAUUCCAUCAGCAGUACAUUCUGCAGUUUGGCAUCCCGAAAACUAUUGUGAGUGAUCGGGACACCAGAUUCAUUAGCAAAGAUUGGAAGGACUCCACCUCGCAGAUCUAUGACAUUAAACCGAACAAGACUUCUGGUCGACACCCCGAAGCCAAUGGACUGGCUGAGGAGAUCAACCAGACUGUCAUCCAACUACUUCGCGCAUUGAUUGUUCCAGAUCAGAACACCUGGGAAAAGGAGUUGCACAAAGUGAAGGGACUGUACAACAACUCCAUUCACUCUGCAAGCGGUGUGACACCAAUCGAGUUGCAAUAUGGAUGGCCGAUGCGUAAUCCCCUCUCCUAUCUGUUCCCCGAACAGUCACCUGGUCUGAUGUCCGGCAUGCCUGGCUACAAUGCCAAGUACGCACGCUUGCUCAAAGUUGUUAUUGCAGCCAUGAACAAGCGCCAGCAUGCCAUGAUCAAACAUGCUAACAAGUUGCGCAAAGAAGAAAAAUUCAAAGUAGGGGAUUAUGUUCGGGUUAAGAUGUCUGAGUUUUCUGAUGAAGAGGGCAUAUCACGAAAACUCCUUCCAUUGUACUAUGGCCCUUGGCAGAUUCUGAACGUGAUUGGGGAUGAUUUUGGUCCUUCAUAUGUGAUUGACGCGCCUCCUCAUCUGCGCACGUAUCCGGUCUUUCAUGCGUCCAAACUGUUUCCACGUAUUGAUGAUGAGACUUCUCCCUUCCGAGACCCUAUGAUACCUCGCCCUAUCGACGGCGGCCAUGAGAUAGACAGAAUCGUUUCUCACGAGGGAAGAGGGAGGAACAGACAGUACAAGGUUCACUUCCUCUAUCACCCAUUGACUGAAUUCUUUUGGAUCGACCGAAAAGAGCUGCUAAAGAAUGCUCACCGUGGUGUGAACGCUUAUGAACGACAGAUCACUGAGGGACAGACUGCUAAAUUUGUGGCAACCAUGACUCCUCACGGACUUACUAAGUCUCUCUUUCUUAUUUACUCUUAUGAUGAAUUUUGUGCCAACUCUGAAUGAGUUACUCGCUCGAAGGGACCUCACUCUUGAGAGGGGGGUAAUGUAAUGACCCACCAAAAACACAGACUGAGUACACUGGUGAUUCCUGGGAUAUGCCGCUGGAAUGAAUGCCUUGCUGAAAU